UACUGUUAAAUUACAACAUAAUUACAAUAUUCGGAUGUUCGCACUUCAAAUGAUCACUAUAAAGGUAUAGGCUUGUGUCCAUAGUCGUACAGUUUUCCACUGUUCAGUUGUACACAGAUUUCAAAUAUGUCUGCUAUGCACAGUGUUGUUUGGCUUUUCUACUGCUCGAUGUCUUUCGCAAUUUGUGCCGCUGACGGAAAAACAAACGUACAGAUUCCUUUACUGAAUAAUAAAGCUACAGCUCCUCUGUAUGCUGAAUUUAAUAUGUCGAAUUUGAAUCAACGACUGAGAGAGAUUUUUAACAAGGAAGUCAUAGAGAAUACAGUUAAUGUGAGCUGCGAAGAACCAUACGAGAAGAUAGGGAAAGGUUGUUAUUCUAUCAAGGAUGACAACGUAUCUGGUGAUGCAGCAUUUGCGAGCUGUACAAACCCUGGUGCUUACCUUGCUAACUUCGAAACUAUCGAAGAAGCCAUGAUCAUGAAAUUGUUCCUUCAGAAGCGGAAUUCAGGUAUACAUUACUACGUUGGUGGACGUAAUAUCAAUAGAUACCUACCAAAUGGCGAUUGGAGAUGGAUUAAACAUGGUAAAGCCACAAAGAUGACUUAUUUUGCCUUUGCAUUUAAUCAGGGACCCGAUAGUAAACUUGAUAGUGAAAACGACUGCAUGUUCUUCUACGCUAGAUAUAGAUACAAGUUCCAUGAUAAUGGAUGUGACAAUGGAAAAUACCUAGGAGGUUAUAUUUGUGAAAUUUGACAUGUGUUAUAUCAAUUUGUUAAGAUAUAAAUGAAUAGCAAAAAAAAUGAAAUUAUAUUUAUAAGUAUCAAAAGGCCUUGAUUGCGAUACUAUGUUGAUUGUUUUAUUGAGUGUCUAUUUUUUCAGUUAUUCGAAUUGCUAAAGGGGAAAUUCCUUACUAGUUACAAACAUACAUACAUUAAUUGUAGGAACAUCUAAGAUAUGUGCAAAAGUCGGUACUAAAUUAUAAUCCUGGUACCUUUGAUAACUAUUUACACCACUGGGUCGAUGCCACUGCUUGUGGACGUUUCGUCCCCGAGGGUAUCACUAGCCCAGUAGUCAACACUUCUGUGUUGACAUGAAUAUCAAUAAUUUGGUCAUUUUUAUAAACUUCCUGUUUACAAAACUUUGAAUUUUCGAAAAACUUUGAAUUUUCUUAUCCCAGGUAUAGAUUACCUUAGCCAUAUUUGGCACAACUUUUUGGAAUUUUGGAUCCUUAAUGCUCUUCAACUUUGUACUUGUUUGGCUUUAUAAAUAUUUUGAUUUGAGCGUCACUGAUGAGUCUUAUGUAGACGAAACGCGUGUCUGGCGUACUAAAUUAUAAUCCUGGUACCUUUGAUAACUAUCAUACAUUUAUGUAUUGUGGAAGUCUGAUUUAGUAUGCAAGUGGUUUAUACAUGAUGGCAUUUUACUUCCAUAUUGAACAACGAUAGGUAAUAAGUGUUUUAAGCUUACAAUUUAAGAUAUUGUUCUUCAAAUCUGUCUCCAUCAUUUAUAAA